UAAACAGAGGCAUAAUAAGCUCUGGAGAUCCCACUCUGACAGCGACCUCUCAGACCGGCCCGAGCCCAUGUGCAAGCCUUCAUCUCCCUCUCUGGUCCGCGCCGACUCGCACAACAACAACACCUCCUUACAUCACUUCCUGGGCGUGGCCGUCCUGCAGGCGCUAGGAGCCCGACCUGAAAACUCUGCCGGAUCAAACCGCACGCCUGCCUCCGUCUCGGACCACAACGGGGUGAGCGAGUCGGAGGCUCGGGAGGAGGUGAGAGCRGACGCUGAAGGCCCCGUCCCACUCGUCCUCCCCAGACCCCGAGCAGCCACCGUCAUCCCCGAGGAAAGUCUGAACAACUGGGAGAGCGUGGUCGUCACCGUGCCUGUAGCCCUGCCUCACCCUCCUCCCUCACUCCUCAUCUUACCYCCCACUCCUGAGCUCCGGCGGCCUCAUCGGGGUCCACCCACAUACCUGUCCAUUUCAGUGCCCGAACGCAAACCAGAAGAGCUGACCGUGUCCGAGACCUGCAGCUCAGGGGAAAUCUCUCCUCUCGCUCUGGACUCCAGUGACUCAGACUUACUGAAUCAGUGUUUUUUAGAUGCACCAAGUGUCAAACACAGCCCUCUACCUCUGGUUCUCACCGAGACUUUAAAGGACGACAACAACAACCCCAGCCAGCCGCUGGACGGCCGCGGCGAGGCCGACGGCUCGCCCAAUCACAGCGCGGACAGCGCCGACUUCCUCACCGCCAGGGGGAAGAUCCUGGACCGGGAGCAGAGGACUCCUCUGUCUCCUGAAGGAGAAGCAGAAGUCUGCGAGGAAGAGGAGCAGGAAACGAGUGCAGCGAAGGCGUCUCUUCAGGCCGACACCUGCGACCACACCCUUCCUGCUCAGCACGACAAUGGAGUGUCGGUCCGCCACAUCGUCACCGAAAUCGAAGCCAUCUCACACUCUGCCUCUCCCUCCUCCUCACAGCUCCCCCCGUCCUCCCCCAGCCCUCGGACGGUCCGGGCGGAUCGUCCGGAGGAGGCGCUCGGCUCCAUGGCUCCGCCCCCGCGGCCUGUGUGCGACCGGACGGCAAGCUCGGUGCGGCGGGCCGCCGAGCAGCUGGAGCAGAGGCUGAGGCAGGAGCAGGACGUGGCGGCGCCUCAGCGCUCCCCGAGUCCAGAACACGGCACCGCUCAGGGAGAGACCACGGCCGUGUCUGCUGAACCCACAGAAGAGGCGGGGCUUCACAGACUCCACCCCCCAGUCCUAAACCUGUCCUCCUUCCAGAACUCUCCUCUCAGCCAGGUCCCUGCUGCUCUGCCCAACCCGAGGCACACACCUGUAAACAGUGACGCUGUGACAUCAUCACUGGUUUCUGCCAGUCGGUUAGAAGAAUCCCCUCCAGACCCCUCGGCCCGCUCUCACAGUCUGGUUCUGGACGGCGUGACUGCGCAGGAGUCCGACGCAGACGAAGGUCUGGACUCCCAUCUCCAGGGCAGGAGGCGGGCCUGCAGUCCUGCCUGCGAGGCUCAGAGCCGUCUGGUCCACAGCAGCCAGGAGCUGGAGCGGAUCCAGCACACGCUGCGAGAGCUGCAGGCCUUCCUGCAGGAGGGCGUCGGCCUGGAGGACACCGACAGCCCCGCCCAAGAACCGGGGCUGAGGGACACCAUGGACACGGAGCCGGAACACUACACAGAGUCCAGUUCUGAGCGCAGCCCUCCAGACCUGGCCCACAGGGGCCGACAGGAGGGCAGGGGUCCGUCAGAACCAGCAGGGUGGCACAGAACCUUUGAGCUGGAGGCUCGACUGCGGCAGGCCGGCCUCACCCCUCCUUCUCUCAUGAAGAGGUCAGCCUCCUUAGCUAAACUGGACUGUCUGGAGCUGUCGGCCCACGACCUGAGCGACCUGGACCUGGAGCUGGACCUGAGACCACAAACCAGAUCCCGCACAUCGUCACACUCCCACCACCCCUCCUCUUCCUCCCCGACACAGCCUCACUCAGACGACACCUGGAAGAAGCAGAAAGUGCUCAGUCGGAACAGUUCUUCUGACAAAACAGAUCUAGCCCUUAACAGCACGUCCUCCUCCUCCUCCUCCUCCUCCUCCUCCUCCUCCACACAUGAAGACAGAAGUGAGGGGAGCGAGGGAGCAGACGGCCACAGCAGCAGCGCGGGCUCUGCCUCCCGUCAGCAGGGCAGAGGACACUCCUCGAGGCGUCCUCGGAAAGCCUCCGCAGAGAGGAAACAAAGAACACUGCUCUACAACACCAUGUAACCUCAGUGCAAUGGACCGGACCGGACCGGACCAGGCAGGACCGGUGAUGUGCGUGAUGUGUGUGAGCUUUAACGUAUGAAUGGUGUGCGUUAGUUUGCAUGUAAACCACUGGAUGUUUGUUUCAACUGGAGUCAUGUGAAUGUGCAAACUGAGACUGAAGCGGUGCGAAGCGUGCACUCCGUUACACCUGUCCACUUUUUGAGCCAGGAUUGUUAGUGUGACCCUCACUCCCCGUUCAGACUUUUUAAAACUACAACCAUGAGGGGCUUUUUCUCAGAACAUGCACUUUAUUGUUUAGAAAGUUUUUGUUUGAAUUUUGUUAGUUUUUUUUUUUACGCUGGGGAGGAUUGUAAAGCACUGAGUCGACUCGUCUGUUUUUUUUUUGUUUUGUUUUCAAAGAUAUGUCUUUAUUCAGAAUUUUAAUUAAACCAGGAUAAAGCUUA